AUGGAGGACAUUAGCCUGGAGUCGGCCAUCAGGCUUGGCCACUUUGGCGAGUUCGAGCUGAUGAUGGACCAGGAUCCGGACCUGGAGGCGCCAAUAUCUGCCCAUUGCGCGCCGCUGCGUUACGCGCUGGAGUACAAGCGUCUCGACAUGGUCAGAGUCCUGCUGGACAGAGGGGCGAGGGUCAAUCUGGAGCCUGGCGAUUACAUGCCCAUCCUCGCCGCAGUCGUAACCGGGCAACUCGAGGCCGUCCGGUGGCUGGCCGACAAGGGCGCCCAGCUGGACCCGAUGCACCAAGGCUCCACGCCCUUGAGCCUCGCGAUAAACGGGUCCCGCGUUGAGAUUGUUCGCUUCCUGCUCGAGAGGGGGCUUGACCCUUCCAAGCCGUUGACAUUUGGAACUCCUCUCCAGGUGGCGGUGCAGGCGGGAAAUCGGGAGAUUGUAAAGCUUCUGUUGGACGCAGGGGCCGACGUGGGAUAUGAUUGUGAUGAAGUAUACGAGUAUAGUACUCCCCUUGAUAUAGCUGUCGAGAAUGGCAGCCUGGAGAUCACGAGCCUCCUUCUCGAACGAGGAGCAUCGCGAGAGCUUGCAAGGCAAACGGCACGGACGCCGCUCGUCGUUGCAGCUAGUGAGGGCCGUCUCGAGAUGGUCAAGGUUCUUUACCGUCAUGGUUGGAGCCUACAGGGCCUAGUACACGAUAGUUAUGCGCCUCUUACCGCUGCCGCAGGUGGUGGUCAUGCUCAGGUGGUGGAGUGGCUCCUUUCACAAGGGGCGAAGAUAGAUGCCACCAACAAGGGGAGAACGUCACUUCAUCUAGCGGCCUUCUUCGGCCAAGUUCGCGUCAUGCGGCUCUUGGUCAAUGCAGGGGCCGAUAUUGAGCAGAUAACUACCGACGGAGGUCCUAUACACUAUGCUGUGUUGUCUCGUAACUGGAAGGCUGUUAGGUUUCUGGUCAAGCGGGGUGCAAGUAUGGAAGAAAAGGCGAUAGGAAAGCGCCUCCCUCUUGAGAUCGCCGCAGAAUCCAACUGUCUUGAAGCUGCAAAGUGUCUGCUCGCGUACGGUGCGAAGGUAGAUAGUCCCGAUGAGCAAGAUUACUCCCCGCUUGCUAGGGCUGCCAGGAAAGGGCAUCUCCUCAUGACUCGGCUGCUCCUUUCCAAGGGAGCCAAUCUACAUGCUCGUAGCGAGAAGGGCUGGACGCCGCUACAUCUUGCUGUGCACGGCGGACAUGUCGACGUCGCAUACGAGCUCCUUGAGCAUGGAGCGGACAUUGAAGCCACCACUACUGAGUCUGGGUUCACUCCCCUCCAUUUGGCAGCUAAAUACGGCCAACUGGGUGUGCUUCAUAUGCUACAGGACCGUGGUGCGAAUCUUCACGUUCGAGGACGAGAAAACCAAACUGCGUUGCUUUCGGCCGCAACGAGGGGGCGCCACCACCACAUGGUCAGGCGCCUCCUAACGAUGGGACUCGCCCCAGACAUAGACACUCCGAGCGAUGAAGGAUUCACGCCUCUACUAGCUGCUUCUUCCGCGGGAUAUUCGAAAACGGUCAAGGUCCUGCUUGAGUACGGCGCAGAUAUUGAGGGAUUGGAUCGGACUACACCACUCAAUGCCGCGGCACGUAGCGGGAGCCUCAAAACCGUCAGGCUACUGCUAGAUCACGGCGCAGAAAUCGACGUCAUCGACAGUGGCAACUUCACCCCUUUAAACAAUGCUGCAGACUCGGACUACUCCAAAGUGGCGGAGCUCCUAUUGCGAAGGGGGGCAAAUCCAGACACACCAGACGUCGGGGGCUGGACACCCCUUUUUGCAGCCUCACUUAGAGGGAAUACACGGCUUGCAGAAAAGCUUUACCGGCUUGUGCCAUUUCAAGCUCUCCCACUUGAUAAAAACAAACGAUCUCCGGUGUUCAUUGCCGCUCUUCGGGGACACCUCGACAUAAUGAAGCUCUUCCACAAAAAGAACCCAGAUCUUGCCUUCGCCCCGGACAUACAUGGCUUAACGCCCCUCUCUGUCGCCAUCCGGCAUGGCCAUGCACAUAUCGUCAUGUACUUGCUUUCGCUAAAGCACGUGUCCCUCGAUGCUCCAGACCUACACGGCAAACCCCUACAAUAUUGGCUAGAUCAGUAUGGAACGGAUGAGAUCAAGAUUUUGUUCACAGCACUAAAUCAAGUGCACGCCAAUGUCGGCUCUCCCGCUCUCUUUGGAAGGGUCCUAAGAGCUUGGUUGGGGCGAAUUGGAGAAAAGGAUGUCAUGUCUUUUCUCCAAAGCAUAAGUCCAUCCAUUCUGCGUGAAGUGGAGGCCCAAAAAGGGGACAAAGCUGGACCGAAAGAGGUGCAGACCGCCAAUGAUGAAUUCGGGUCAUGGUGUGACGUCUGUACCUGCGACAUCCUGGACAGACAGCCGUUUUUCCUUUGCCAGAUUUGUGAUAAUGGUAGAUUUGCGGUCUGUCCGGACUGUAUUUGCCAUGGGGUUAGAUGCUGGGACAAUUCCCACGAACUGACCUUCACCAUCGACUCCGAGGAUUUAUCAAAUGUUUGA